GUGAGCGACGACGUCUUCAUGACCUUCAUCACCAGCAAAGAGGACCUGAACUGCCAGGAGGAGGAGGACCCCAUGAACAAGCUGAAGGGGCAGAAGAUCGUCAGCUGCCGCAUCUGCAAAGGGGACCACUGGACCACGCGCUGCCCCUACAAGGACACGCUGGGCCCCAUGCAGAAAGAGCUGGCUGAGCAGCUGGGGCUGUCCACGGGGGAGAAAGAGAAACUUCCCGGGGGUAAAAUCCCAAAAUUCCGCUUUUUUGGGGAAUUUUUCCCAUUUUCCCAUCCCUUUUCCCUGUGUUUUUCCUGCCUUUUUCCUGUUUUUCUAUGGGUUCAUUGUGGGCCCCAUGCAGAAAGAGCUGGCUGAGCAGCUGGGGCUGUC